ACAUUGUCUGCGAUGUGAUAGCUUCAGUCAUGGCUCGGAAUUUCAUAUUAUAAUAACCUACUUAAUAAUUUAAUUAAGGAUUUUCCUAUAAAAAACAUUAAACAUGAAAGACACUGAUUAUCGGCCCGUAGUACAAAAAAAUGGACAGGAUUCCAAAACUAAGUAUACCCCAAAGGGAUUGGGUAAAAGGCACACACAGGCAUUAAUUGUAUUCAUGGCAUGUUUUGUUGGUAUCCUUCUUAGGGCCCAUCUAAGUGUUUCCAUAGUUGCUAUGACGAGUCACAAAAAUGUCGCACCUACAAUUGUAGAAGAUACUACGAACAUAAAUACAUUCGUUAAUAAUAGUGAUUUAUAUUAUGAUACUACCGAGAACAUUGCCAACGUAGUUAAUGCAACUGAAAUGGAAUCCCUUACAACUACAGAAACGACUCCUUCAGAAAUAGAUUAUGCUAUUAAUGUAAACAUUACUAAAAGUAAUACUCAAUGGGGUAUUAUUAUGACCUACGACUGGAACAAAGCGACGCAAGAGAUGAUAGUGUUCUCAUUCUUCGUGAGCUACACGGCGACGAUGAUCCCGCUGGGCGUGGUGGUGCAGCGACUCGGGUGGAAGCUGCCUCUGUGUGCGGCGAUGCUGGCUAAUGGGGUGCUGUCAGUGGUGUCGCCGUGGGCCGUCAUGUAUGGAGGUUGGAAGUGUCUCUGCCUGGUCCGCAUCCUGCAGGGCGCGACGCAGUCCAUGCUGUUCCCGAGCGUGCAGACCAUGCUCGCCAAGUGGGCCCCCUUCAGCGAGCGCGGCCGGCUCAGCACUUACGUCUACACUGGUUUACCUUUAGGGUCGACGAUUGGAUUCCAAGUAUCAGGAUUUUUGUCAUCGAGCUCGUAUUUCGGGUGGCCGGUGACAUUUUGGUUCUGCGGAGUACUUAGUUUGAUAUGUUUCGGUUUGAUUGCGGCCUUUGGAGUGGCCACUCCCUACGACCAUCCCAGUAUUAGUGAAGAGGAGUUCCUUUACAUCACAGGAUCUACUAGUUCAGAUAUUGUGCCCAAAAGACGCAGUACUCCGUGGAAGCAUAUUUUGACUAGUAAGCCCUUCUGGGCCAUGGUGGUUGUACAGAUUGGGAGCACUAUGGGACAUUUAUUUGUUUUUACAGAAAUCCCACAAUACCUCAAUAAUGUCUUACACAUAGACUUAAAGUAUAAUGGGUGGUUUUCGUCCCUGCCAUUUGUUUGCAUGUUAUUUGCAGCGGUGCUGUAUGGAAAUCUCUCAGACUUUUUGGUGUCAAACAAAUACUUGUCCCUAAGAAACGUGCGGCGAAUCGGAAAUACAAUAGGGGUCCCGAUGGCAGGCGCGUUCCUGCUAUCAUUCUCGUGCGUGAGCGACGCGCGCGCCGCCGGGGCGCUACUGGCCAUGUACUCCGUGAUGCACGCCGCCGUGUUCAUCGGGUUCCAUAUAAACCACGUGGACCUGGCCCCCAAUUUCGCGGGUCCGCUGAUGGCGGUGAGCAACAUGCUGGCGCACCUGUCGGGCCUGCUGGUGCCGGUGAUUGUAUCCACCAUCAUACAGGACGACGUGUCAAAUGCCAGUAAAUGGCAGGUGGUGCUGGUGAUCCUGUUCUCCAUCCAGGUGGUGGCCAACGGAGUCUUCGUGGUGUUCGGCCGCGCCGAGGUGCAGCCCUGGAACUACUAUGACGGAGACAAGUCGUAUAGUAGUGAUCCUGCUGACGAGGAUUUACACUUGAAGACCAAGGCAUAGAGCGAGAGAAAGGGGGGAUACAAUAAAUAUUAAAUGAACAAAC